AUGAAGCUUUUUAUCGCCGUAGCCGUCUUGUGUCUGACAGUGGCUCAGCUCUCCGAAGCCGGACGUCCUGUUUCGACGGAAGUUGUGCAAAAGCUGAAGGAACUCGAACCAGUCUACAAACAGCUUCAGGAUAAAGUGAUCAACGAGGUUGCCGGGGCCAAGUUGGCUACUGCCAGCCGUACCGAUGCAUUCUACAAAGGUGUCAUUGCCGACAAGGAAAACUCUCUGACACAAUCCAUCCAGCUUGAGGAUGACAUGGUAUACCAACUGAACGGACAAUCCUCGUCAGCUGACUCUUCCUGCGUGCAAAUGCUUCGCAGUCUCACGGAGCUCAACAUGAAUGUGGCAGGCGUUGGCUACACGAACUGUGUGAACAAGGUCGAGGUCGGAGUGAACAACGAGCUGGACAAGGUGUACAAGCUACUGCAGGUUGAUGAAGCGGAGCUGUUUGAUAUCAGCCUGCUGGACGUGUUCCAGGGCGAGAACAUCAUCGUGGAUCCGUCGAAGAUCAUAAGCAAGCUGAGCGAGAAGAAAACCGAGAUCGAUGGCAUUUCGCUGAACUUCGUCUCUGAUAUCAAUGCUGCCGUCGUUGCGUACGCUUCCCGCCUGGGUGAUCUGCAGAACGAAUACAAAACCUGUCUGCUCAACAACGAGGUCCUGCUGAAGGGAUCCUUCGAAAACAGCAAGCUUCAGCUUGUUCAAAUUUGCUUGGGAUCAAUCGUCCAGUAA